AUGCAGACUUUCCAGACCGCCGCCGUGGUCGGCCUGAUCGACAAUAUGUCGGGGCCUCUGAAGCAGUUAUCCAACCAGGCGAAGCAGGCCGCGAAGCAAAUAGAGCUGAUGAAGCUCGACGCUUCCGGCCUGAACCAGUACAAUCGCGGACUAGUCGACGCGAACUCCCAGGCGAGGCAGCACCUUUCGCAUCUCCACUCCAUCAAGGCGGCGUGGCGUGAGGUCGGCGGCAUCGUUGCGGGGGUCGCGUCGAGCUACGCGCUGCACAAGGCGGCGGACGCCGUCAAGAAUUACAUCCCGCUCGAACGCGAGAAUCGCUACAUGCGAGCGGUCGGCGUCCAGCGCGACGAGAACGGGAAGAUCAGCGGCUACGGGUAUAGCCAGUCUGAGAUGGCUGGCCUGCUCGCGCAACAGCGGCGCGGCGCGUUCGAUUACGGCGAAAGCCCGAUUGACGUAGCUCACGCGCAGAUGGCGUUCGCGCAGCGGCAAAUCUCGGCGCGUACCUCGCAGAUCAUGACCGACCAAGCGCUCAUCCUGUCGAAGGCGCUCGGCACGUCGGUCAAAGACGCGGCGGUGAUCCUCGAAGGCUCGAUCUUCGCGAAGGGUCACUCGCACGAAUUAGAGGGCGAUCCGUCGAAGGCCAAAGCCAUCGCCAAGCGGUAUGCCGACAUCGCCGCCGUCAUGUCUAAGUCCGGCGCGAUGACUGCCGAGGACAUCACGCAGUUCGGCAAGUAUGCCUACUCGGGCGCGAGCGCGGCAGGCAUCUCGGACACCACGGUCGCCGCCAUCGGUAUGGCGUUGAAACGCGCGAACAUGCCGGGCCAAGAGUCCGGUACGAUGGUUCGGCAGUUGGCGUCGCGUGUUCUGUCGCCGACGCGAGAAGGCCGCCAGUCGGCUAUCGCGAACGGUAUCGACAUCGACUCGUUCAGCACGCACGGCCAUCUCGACGCCGAGGGCCUGAGCGGCCUGGUGCGCGAACGGUUCGGCAAGACCAUCAAGGGUGCGACGCAGAAGGCGAUCAACGAUGAGCUGACCAACGAGGACAGCGACAUCGCGGGCAACAAGGGCAAGUUCGUCGAGUUCAUCACGAACAAGCUCGAAAAAGAGAUGGACAUCACGAAGCCUCGCGACCGCGAACGUCUGGCGAAGGCUGCC